AUGAUGGUGAUGAAGCGGUAUGCCAGUCGGCCAUUGCGGUGGCUGUGUGCCUCUAGCAGACCAAAUAUGGAAAGCAUCGUAGUUCAUCAAGAUGGAUUUACUUUUGGCGCUUGUUUGCAGUCCGUUUCAAUUCACAGACUCCCAAACGGAUCACCGGCAUCGGCAUAG